AUGGAUUUACUAAAACGCGUCGACAAAGCCUGUCUAAAGAACAAAAUUGACAAAUUAGUGGAGGAAUCGUUGCGGGCCCGCGAUCGCGAAAUCAAUUUAAAGCGAGAAAAGUUGAAACAUUUGUUCAACGUCGAAGAUGAUUUCUACCGAAAAGAGUCGCAAGACAAGCUUUCAGCGAAAAUCGAGGCGGAAAUGUUGGAUCGACGGAAUAAAAUUUUGGCAAUGAAGCAGGCGAAGGAGAAGGAGCACCACGAUUAUUUGAAACAAAAGAAAAUUCAGCAAUAUAUGGCAAAUUGCGACGAAAUCCGGCCAUUUUUGCGGAAACAACUGCUCGUGGACAGCAAAGCGUGCCAACGCAUGCAAAUGGAGGAGCAUCGCAAACAAAAACAAGCCGCCAAGGAAACGCAAAAUUUGUGGUUGGAGAUCGCGAGUCGCUCAAACAAGGCUUUGCACGAAAAAGAGAAGCAACAACGUCUCGCCCGCAAGCUUUACGACAACUGCACCGCGAAAUUCCUCAAGGAGCAAAUGCUGGAGAAGCAAAAUAACCUGCAAAAAUACGCGGAAAUGACGGAAGAGCAAAAACGCAACGAAGAAAGUCUGAUGAAGGAGAACGAAUUGGCGCUGCUGGAGAAAAAAGUGGCGCUCGAGAAACGGAUGCAGCUCGCGGCGGACCUGAAAGAGCAACUUUUGCAGGCGGAAAAGGAGCGAAUUGUCCGAAAAGCGAACGAAGAUGCGCUGAACAAGUUGUUUAACGACACAAUUCGGAAGGAAAUCGAGCAGGAAAUUGCCGCGAAGAAGGGUCACAAGGAAAAUUGGAAGCAAGAAACGUUGCAUUAUCUAAACUACAUGGAGAAAAUUCGCAAGGAAAAGUUGAUGGAACAAGCGCAAAAGGAUAAAUUGGUGGACGAUUAUCGGAUUAAGCAAGAAUUGGAAUAUAUUGACAAAUGUCGUGCGGAAAUUGCGAAGAAAAGGGCGUUUCAUGAGAUGGUCUACGAAACGCAACGAAAGCAGAUCAAAGAAAAACGAGAACUCCAAAAAGCCAUGGAAGACUCGGAAUUCAAAAAAGUAGCCGAAGAACGUGCCAGCUACGAUCACAAAGCGCACGUUCGAGCGGAAAAGUGGCGUCAACGUCAAGCUGCCAAGGAAUAUGCGCGCGCCCUCAAAGAGCAAGAAGAGCUAAGAAAACUGGAACAAAAACAAUUCAAAGAGCGUCAAGAAGCGGAAUUGCACAAAAUUCUCGCGGAACAACGAAUUUGUGAAGUGCAAGCAAAGCAAUUUGUCGACGCGAACAUCGAUGUUUUGCCGCCGCAUCCGCACACAAAAUUGCUCCAUAAUAACAGCAACAGUCACUGUCAACAUGCCACGGAUCACAUUAAAAUCUCAAAUAUCGCUUAA